CACGUCCUUUACAGCUCAAUAUAUACGGCGACCGGAAUUGUAAAAUUACACAACACAGGUCGCAUGUGCGCAAUCUGUCAAAAUUCACUUGACGAUUGCUCAAUUAAUAUCAAUUAUGGAGCCUCUACAACAGCAGUUUCAACAAACCGUGGGUUUAAUACUAUGUUGUCAAUGUGGUACACAGAUUGAACCUAACCCUACAAACAUGUGUGUGGCAUGUCUAAGGUCUGAAGUAGAUAUUACAGAAGGAAUCCCCAAACAAGCUGUAUUGUACUUUUGUAGAAAGUGUGAAAGGUACCAACAACCACCAGAUCACUGGAUCCUGGCUCAGCUUGAAUCAAGGGAACUACUUUCAAUAUGCCUGAAAAAGAUAAAAGGGCUAAAUAAAGUUAGACUGAUAGAUGCCGGAUUUGUGUGGACAGAACCUCACUCUAUGAGAAUUAAAGUGAAACUUACUAUACAAAAAGAGGUAAUGAAUGGUGCAGUAUUACAACAGGUGUUUAUUGUUGAGUUUACAGUCAGUAAUCAACAAUGUGAUGACUGCCACAGGGUGGAAGCUAAAGAUUUCUGGCGAGCUGUUGUACAGAUCAGACAAAAGACUGAUCAUAAAAAGACAUUCUUCUACCUGGAACAGCUGAUAUUAAAAAACAAAGCUCACUGGAACACUGUCAACAUAAAGCCAGCUCAUGAUGGUCUAGAUUUCUUCUAUUCCAAGAAAGAUGAUGCUAAAAAGAUGGUGGAAUUUCUGUCUGCUGUGGUACCGUGCAAACACCAGAUGGCGCAAGAGUUGAUAUCACAUGACAUCCGCAACAAUACGUUCAACUAUAAACACACUUUCUCCGUUACCAUAGUGCCUGUAUGUAAGGACAACAUUGUAUGUCUUCCAAAGAAGUUAGCCGCCUCCCUGGGAAAUAUUAACCCUAUCUGUGUAUGUUAUAAAGUCACACAGACUGUACACUUGAUAGACCCUAACACACUGAGAGUUGCUGAAGUAAGUGGUCAAGUGUACUGGAGGUCACCAUUUGUAUCUCUGUGUUCACCUAAACAACUGAUAGAGUACAUGGUGAUGCAAGUGGACAUUGUACUGGACAAGGAUAAACCUGUUGUUAGAGGUCAAACUUCACAAAAGCAUGUGUUAGCAGAUGUUUGGGUAUCUAGGAUGAGUGAUCUAGGUGUGAAUGAUCAACAGUAUUUCUGUAGAACACAUAUAGGGCAUCUUCUUAACACGGGUGAUACUGUACUAGGGUUUGACAUGUUGAAUGCUAAUUUAAACAAUGAGCACAUAGAGAAAUUGAAAGAAGAAAAACUUCCUGAUGUGGUGAUCGUGAAGAAAGUAUUUGCUGAUAAGAAGAAACGUAACAGACGUAGAAAGUGGAAGUUACAUCACCUUAAUGAUGAAUUACAUAACCUUGACAGUGAUUCAGUCAUGAAUGAGUACACAGAUUUCCUGGAGGAUUUGGAAGAAGACCCCUCUAUCAGACAGAAUGUCAAUAUAUAUAAAGACAAGAAAGGAUUCCCCCAUUGA